AGUAGAUUUUAUUUCUUUCAAUUUCUUAUCAUAGUUAUUAAAAGAGCUGUAAUUGUGUUAAAGUCCUUAGGACCUUAGCUGUUGACAAAUCUUUUUCAGACUUACUUUUGUUUGUGAGAACAUUUUCAGCUUCUCUGCAACUUUUUCCCCUUUGAUUCCCUUAUAAAGGUUGAAGAUAAGACAAAUAGAUUUUCAAGGCUUCUAUCUCUAUUUCUUUUCGUCUGCUUCAUGAUUAUUUUUGGCCUAAAGAUUUGGUUUGAAUCUUGAACAUGGAAAUGGACUGCUAAAACUGCCUGAUUUCCUAUAUAUUUCAGAUGCAUUAUGAAGAGCUUGAGGUUAUGGGUAGAGGCGUUUGCACUGGCAAAUGAAGGAAAGGCAGCGUUGGCGACCUGAAGAGGAUGCUCUAUUGCGUGCGUAUGUGAAGCAAUAUGGCCCAAGAGAGUGGCAACUCGUAUCAGAGCGGAUGAACAAACCCUUAAACAGGGACGCCAAAUCCUGUUUGGAAAGGUGGAAAAACUAUCUUAAACCUGACGUCAAGAAAGGAUCUCUUACAGAGGAAGAACAGCGUCUUGUUAUCCAUCUUCAGGCAAAGCACGGAAACAAGUGGAAGAAAAUCGCGGCUGAAAUUCCAGGGCGAACUGCCAAGAGACUUGGGAAGUGGUGGGAAGUUUUUAAAGAAAAACAGCAACGAGAACGAAAGGAGAACAAGAAGACUAUUGAUCCACUCGAAGAGGGAAAAUACGAGAAUAGCAUGUCAUUGCUCAAAUUGCAUUUCUGA